AUGAAAGAGCACAGCCCAGGUCCCGCGCCCGCUCUGCAGCGGUCCCUCGUGUUCGUCAGCCAAGCAGUGACACAGCCUCUAUCCACGUCAGCAGCACAGAACGGGAUCCUGGGGUCCUGCCUCUCAGAUGACCCUGGGCCCUCCAUCCUGCGGCUCUCCGGUAACCAGAUUCUGCGGCUCAUGGCAGAGAUAAAGGUGUCCCAGGACCACAGCAGCCCCAGCAUAGACCCUGUUAAGGAGGAUGCUGGGGCUACCCAUGUGAGGUCCCUGCCUGGCCAGCUCCACCUUGCACCAAACGACACUGGGUCAGGCCUGCCCUCUGUCCUGAGCCAGUGUCCUGAGGUGGAAAAGAGGAAGCCGCACUGCAGGAACAUGAUCGGGGCGUGGUACAGGCUGCAGCCCUUCCUGGAUCCCUCCCCACACGGGCCCUCCUUGUUCCCCUGUGACACGCUCGGCCUUCAUUUCCGGUCUAUUCUCUUUGCAGCGUUAGAAAAUAUUCCAGGCCCCCUACAGGGGCCACUGCUGGUCCAGUGCCUGAGUCCCGGUCGGGGUGGCUGUGGCAGUCGCCCCAGAGUGUUUCCUGCUCCUCAUAAGAACUGGAAGGAAUUACUAGACUCUGACUUGAGCGUUCACUGCUGGAUAUACCGCAAAGAGAUACUGCUUCCCUCACUUUUAACCUUCCAGACUACACCCACCACUGCCCAACUGGCCAUUGAAUUGGUGCCUUUCAGUGUUGCUAAAGGGGGAGAUGUGCUUCUACUUGUCCACAAUUUGCCACAGAACACUAUAGGCUAUAAGUGGUUUAAAGGCGAGAGGAGUGAUUCCAGCCGAGAGAUUGCAGCCUAUGUGAUAAGCACUAUGGUCACUACACCAGGGCCUGUGUUCAGCGACCGAGAGACAAUAUACCCCAAUGGAUCCCUGCUGCUCCGGAAUGUCACCCAACAGGACACGGGAUACUACACCCUACAAGCAUUAAAGGACAAUUUUUGGAGUGAAGAUGCAUCUGGACAGUUCCGUGUAUACCAGCUGGUGACAAGGCCCUCCAUCCAAGCCAGCAAGACCACAGUCACAGAGCAGGACUCGGUGGUCCUGACCUGCCUCUCAAGUGACCCUGGACUCUCCACCCAGUGGGUCUUCAAUAACCACAGUCUGUGGCUCACAGAGAGGAUGAAGCUGUCCCGGGAGAGCAGCAACCUCACCAUAGACCCAGUCAGAAGGGAGGACGCCGGGGAGUAUUGGUGUGAGGUCUCCAACAUGUUCACGUUUGGCAGGAGCAACACCCUCAGGCUGACCGUGAUCUCAGAAGAAAAGAACACGGGUCUCCCCGCAGGGGCCGUUGCUGGUAUAGUGGCCGGGGUGCUGGUCGGGGCGGCUCUGGCAGUGGUCUUGCUGUGCUUCCUGCUUCUCAGGAGGAAUAGAAGGCCUAGCAUCCAGCAUGACCUUGGCGAGCACCAGCAACCUGUGUCCAUAGCCGGUCUCAAGUUUUGCAGCAGCUUCACCUCCCAGGACACCCUCUUGAGUUCCAAGACAGCAGUUCCCAUCUAUGAGGUAAGUGUGGGAGACGAGACCACCGGUGCCCCAGGACCUGUCCCUGCUGGCAAUCUAGCUAAGCUCUGUGAUUGGUUUUGGAGAAAAAAGUGA